GGGAGGGAGACAGAAGAAGAGUCCCCGCUGCGGCUCGCCAGAAACGGCCGCGGCCCUUUAACACUCCCCUCGCUCGCUUCCAUUGGCUGAGGCGCUGUACGUCAUCACUGCGCGCCCCACAGCGGCGCCUUCCCGCUCCCUAAUCCUGACGCCACAGCGGCGCCGGCCUUAGCGGCUGAGGAGAGCGGGAGGAGGUUGCGGCGGCGGGAAGAUGCGCGGCAGCCUGGCGGCGCGGCAGCGGCUGUGAGAAGAAAGAGUGUGGCCCGGGGCGGGCGGAGUGGGAGGCGCUGAGGCCGCGGCCCGGAAGUGGUCGGGGCCGCGGCGGGCGGAAGGGCGCCUUAGACCGUCCCCCCUGUGCGGCGCGCCCGGCUAGGCCCGCGAGACUCGGAGCAGCCGGGAGCGCGGCUUCCGCCUUCGGGGCUCUGCCGCCGGCGUGGAGACUCAGGCCCGCCACGCCAGGCCUUGCCCUGGGAGCGCUCGCGGCCCGGCGCCUGGACUGGGCAGUUGCCACUGACCGUGUGCAUCCAGUGUUGCUUGCUCCGUACCUGUACUACCUUAUGGUUUUAAGGAAAACAUCUUAAAAGAUUUUACCAGCCUGGAGAAGAGCUACAAAGGAUUUUGGGCACCCCUACACAUGUGAAAACAGGAUCCCAAGUGGUCGCCUUGUCCGGGUUACUUAAAGGCUGUUGAGGAAGAUGAGAUAGAAAUAGUUGACGCCAACAUCCUGAGAUCUUUGGCUGCAGCUCAAGCAAAUUGUAGAAAACCUCACUGGAAAUACUGAAGGUUGCAGAUCCCCCAGGAGACGAGGCACCUCGUGGAUUAGUAGUUUGUUCCAAGUCAUAUUUACUGAGCACGUCCUGCAGUGUGGGCGCUUUGUUAGACCCUUGAGCGGUGUCCUCAGAUUUCAGUGCCUCCUCUCUCUCUCUCUCUCUCUCUCUCUCUCUUUUGCUGGGGAAAAUGUAAACAUACAGAAAGGUUGAAAGAAUUGCGCAGUGAAUACCCACAUAACCACUACCUAGGUCCUACAAGUCACAUUUCUGCCAUGUUUGCUUUAUCAUAUACCAAACCACCCAUCGAUAUUUCUUUGUUGCAUUUCGAAGAAAAUAGCAGACUUUGGUGUACUUUCCUCAUAACACUUCCACAUGCACUGCAUUAACUAAAGUUCAGCAUUUGCAUUGACUGCCUUCUAACUGAACUAUUGUACUGCUUUUUCAGUGUUCAUGUGGGACAUUUUAUCUGUUUGCAUUUGGGUGUUAAAUGUUUUGAUGCUGGUACCUGUCACUUUUGAAAGGGUUUUUGCUUCCAGUCAUCACAUACCAAUGUGUCCUACAAGGUAAUUGCCAUAGAAGAACAAGAGAUCUAAUCACAGCAGUAAUCCUAUCACGAGAGCCACACUUGGCUUUUUUUCUGUUCUGCAUGCAAAUGUGGUGGUGUAUUUCUAAGGGGAUGGUAGAGGGUUUAUCAUCAAACUUAGGAGUGAAAAAGGGGUAUUGUACCACCUGUGAAAUAACAGUGACAGGCACCACCACCGUUUCCUUAAGGAAAAGACGACAAGGUGAGGUGAGGGUCUACCCAUGGGGACGGGACCCUCCCUGAGGAAAUGGAAGAGGUCCCUGUAUGUUCCUGGCUUUGUGGAUGCUCCCUGCUUACUGUGUUCCUUGCCGUCUUCUCAUGUGCUCACCUUUUGACUGCGAAGUAGAUUUGUUGCCUUGCCAACUCGUUCACUCUGUAAAUCCUUUUAUCUUGUUAUUAGGCUGCACUUUGGCGUAAAUUGCAAUCGAUUAGGGAUCGUUUCUCAGACUCAAGUUAGAAGUGAGAGUUCAGAUAAGUGAGGCCACCAUUGCUGCUUUGAACACCUCAGAAGGGGAGAAUGGAUUUAUCAGGAGUGAAAAAGAAGAGCUUGCUAGGAGUCAAAGAAAAUAAUAAAAAGUCCAGCACUAGGGCUCCUUCUCCUACCAAACGCAAAGACCGCUCUGAUGAGAAGUCCAAGGAUCGUUCUAAAGAUAAAGGGGCCACCAAGGAGUCAAGUGAGAAGGAUCGUGGCAGGGAUAAAACUCGGAAGAGGCGCAGCGCUUCCAGUGGUAGCAGCAGCACCAGGUCCCGGUCCAGCUCCACCUCUAGCUCGGGCUCCAGCACGAGCACAGGCUCCAGCAGCGGCUCAAGCUCUUCCUCAGCAUCUAGCCGCUCAGGAAGUUCCAGCACAUCCCGCAGUUCCAGCUCCAGCAGCUCCUCCGGCUCACCGAGUCCUUCUAGGCGCAGGCAUGACAACAGAAGGCGUUCCCGCUCCAAAUCCAAACCACCCAAAAGAGAUGAAAAGGAAAGGAAAAGGCGGAGUCCUUCCCCUAAGCCCACCAAAGUACACAUUGGGAGGCUCACCAGGAAUGUGACCAAGGACCACAUCAUGGAAAUAUUCUCCACCUAUGGAAAAAUCAAAAUGAUUGACAUGCCUGUAGAAAGGAUGCACCCCCAUCUGUCUAAAGGCUAUGCAUACGUGGAGUUUGAGAACCCAGAUGAAGCCGAGAAGGCACUGAAGCACAUGGAUGGAGGACAAAUCGAUGGCCAGGAGAUCACUGCCACUGCUGUGCUGGCCCCCUGGCCUAGGCCGCCCCCCAGGCGAUUCAGCCCUCCCAGGAGAAUGUUGCCACCACCUCCCAUGUGGCGUCGGUCGCCCCCGCGGAUGAGAAGAAGGUCACGCUCCCCGAGGCGCAGGUCCCCCGUGCGCCGGCGAUCCCGCUCCCCUGGCCGCCGCCGCCACAGGAGCCGCUCCAGCUCCAAUUCCUCCCGAUAAGCAGGGCCCCCGGAGCUCUGCACCCUGUAACUUCGAUCCCACCCACUUCAGUUUUGUCACUUCUCCAGCCAAAGGAGGGCUGGUAGGAGAGAAAUUCCUCACUCAGGGCAGGCUUCGAAGGCAGCAACUGAGACGUUUCCUCUGAAGGCAGAGUUACAGAGGAGUGUUAAUGGUUUGGGGUUGUGCCUGUAAGAAUGCCCUCCCAUUUUCUGGCUAGAAAGCUCCCACAUUUCCAGUUCCUAAGAGAGUCCAUCCAGUGGCAAAGCCAGCAGGGACAAAGCAGGGCUCCAGGUGGUAGUGCGGCCCCAGCCUCGGGGUGUACCUGUUUCAUUUCCACCAAUGACUGGGGACCUGUCCUGCCCUUGCUUGUUGGUCUGCAGGGUCCCUCAGGCAAGGGCGCUCUUGGGUGCAGCUGCUGUCCCUGCUCCCCUGCUCGGGGCCUUUUCCAACACCUACGGACAGCCCAUGUUAGUUCCCAGAAAUGGUUCUGUUUCUACGUGUCCUCACGCCCACACAUACCCCAUGUCUCCCUCUCUCUGAAAUUGGUGAGCAAAUUGAGAGCGGGCUCUUCAGGGUCAUGACGGACCCCACCCCCCCUGCUGCAGCUGUGACUCGAGGUGGCUUUCAGGUUACCUUGGCAACGUGUACAUUGCUUUUUGGGGGCUUUUAUUGUACAGUCAGUACUAUAAAUUUGUUCUGAGUUUUGUAACUUGUAGCAUUUUAGGCGCUGUUGUGUUUGUACUUUGUUGUGUAGAGUGAAGGGAUUGUGUUGAAUAAACAGGAUUAGAACGCAGAGGA